UCUUGUUUUUUUUGUAAGACCCUGCAGGACCACCCACCAAGUUGUCCACACUCCAAAGUAACCCGAGUGACAUUGUGAACAAGCACAAUGAUCUAAGAAGAAAUAUUCGGCCUACAACAUGUUGGAAAUGACCUUGAGCAGCGAGGCUGCAGCCAACGCUCAGAAAUGGGCCAACACCUGCUCCAUGAACCACAGCCCUCUAGCGGCUGUGGAGAGAACCUUUAUAUAUCCAGCUCCCAGGACCCCUGGAGCAACGCUAUCCAGGACUGGUAUGACGAGGUGCAGAACUGGCGCUACUGAGUGGGAUCUAAUGGACGAGUGGUCGGACAUUACACACAGGUUGUUUGGUACAGGUCCAACAAGGUUGGCUGUGAUGUGGCGUACUGUCCCAACUCUCAGUACAAGUACGUCUACAGUCUGCCAAUGCUGCCCACCCGAAAACUUCCAGUACGCUCGCCCUUACAAAUCAGGACCCUCCUGUGGUGACUGCCCCAAUGCCUGCAACAACAAACUCUGCACCAACCCCUGUCCCUACGCUGAUAAGAACAGCAACUGUCCUGAUCUGAAGCAGCAGGCGACCAGCAGUAACGCAGACGUGGCCUCUUGGUGUCCCGCCUCCUGCAAGUGCACCUCUCAGAUCAUUUAA